AUGUCAAGGUCGUUCUAUGUGGAUUCUUUAAUCGUGAAGAAACCCGGGGUGUCCCCACCCCCCACCUCCAGCCCCCACAUCCAGACGAUGAUGGUGCCGACCCUGCUGGCCAGGUCUCGUCCCUCGCACCAUCUCCACCCCUCCCCCGGGAUCGCCUGCUACACCCGGCACCCCGGCGACCUGUUUGGGGCGUUCUGCUGCCCCCUGUGUGUGCAUGUCCCGACCAACGCUCUGGCGCCCCAUAGCCUGUCCGCCCAUGGCCUGACGUCAGCGCAGUUGAUGACGUCGGCCCAUCUGAUGACGUCACACCCCUCCUCGUCAGGGCCCAGAAGGCCAGCAUCACCGCCGACAGUGACGUCAUCAUACAUCCCGCCUUUCUCGCAUCACAGUGACGUCAGCGUGAAGUCUCCGCCCCUGUCACAAGACCCCCACCCCGACAGCUGUGAGCAGACCCCUCAUCAUCCCCCCACCCACAGCUGUAGGGACAGAAAGAGGCGACAAACUGAGACAAGCGUCAAUGGCCCAUCAGACGACCUCCCUUCAUGCAAGCGGAUGAGGACAGCUUUCACCAGCACCCAGCUGCUGGAGCUGGAGCGAGCAUUCAGCUCUAAUAUGUACCUGUCCCGACUGCGCCGCAUAGAGAUUGCCACCUGCCUGAGCCUGUCCGAAAAACAGGUCAAGAUCUGGUUCCAGAACAGGCGCGUCAAGCAGAAGAAGGAAGGACCGGAAGUGACGUGUAAGUGCCUGAGAUCCUGUACCAGCCACGUCAAGCAGGCUGGGCAGGGGAAGCAGAGUCAGCCAGCAGACUGUGAGCAAUUAAACCGUGUGACGGAGUCAUCGAGUCCUGCGUCACGUGACUCCCCAGACCACGAGCAGGGCCGGAAACUGGAGGUCAAAGGUCAUCGCGACCCUGACUUGGUGCCGUGUUGCCAUGGCGACGUUAAAGGAACUCUGGCUGGUGUGACGGAAGUGACGAAACAAAUGAGAAACAUUUCGCCGGGCGGCAACCAGAUAAACGUCUAG